AUGUCGACGAGGCGUGAAACGCGCUCUUCCACCCGGAAGUCCUUCCCUCCCCCGGACGCGUCUACGGAAAAGGAGAACAUCAAGACAAGAGCAAAGCGCCAUCAGAGUAUGGGAGGCGCAGGUGCAUCUGAAGCUCCUUCUAUUGCAUUCAAGGAACUCGUGAUUAAGCCGUCUUCGGCAGAGUUAAGCCCGGCAAAGAAGAAAAGGAGAACGGCCGUACCUAGGAAAUCCAUACUGCGGCGAAGAGAUAACGAAGAUCAAACUAUGGACCUCACUCUCGCUCCUGUCACUGCACUAUUGCCUGCGACCGCGGACGGGCAGGACUUUACAACGAUCAUGAACUUUGAGCCCAAUACAACGGAUGAUCGGAGAAAGAGCCUGGCAAGGAGGGUCAGCUUCGCGUCACAUGCCCAUGUUCGAUUGUUCCCCAAAGAAGCCCCAAAACCAGAUUCCUCGUCUCCAGCGCCUUCCACUUCAGCUUCCGGCCAGUCAUCUCAUGUAGAUCCUCCUCCGUCACCCUCUCCUACAAUAAAAGGCGUUUCCUUUGGCGGUGUAGAAGAUUCCCCUAAAGCAGAGGGUGCGGCCACAGGAACAUCGCAUGCUCCCAAGCGGAGGUCCAGUAUUGCCAACGCAGGGGCUUUACUUGGCCACGAUAUAGCAGAUGAUGAAGAUGACGACUCUUCCAUGGACAUCGAUGAUGAUGCCACCAACAUGUCCAUAUCUCAUCCUUCGCAAGCUUCUCCAGCCAGUCCCAUCGGCCGGGUGUCUAUUGCCGGUAGUGUCAAUAGCGAAGUGGACAUGGAUAUCACGACAGCCGUUGGACGAGUAGAACAACUGGCGCAUGACGACACCGCAGAGCACACUGCGUCAAGCAAAUCCAGCGCAGGAAGCGAGUUUCUCUUCCCUCUGGGGAAGAACGUACCGGCGGCCAAUCCCAAGAGUCGUCGGGGUAGUGAGCCAAGCGCACGCGACAAGGCUUGGGCGGCGCUUGAGUCCGUCACUAAUGGUGUCAACAAUGAUUCCAGCGACGAGGACGAAGACAUGGAAUUGAUGGACGCAACCGGCAGGAUCCAAGCUAUUAGACGUGCUUCUGUCAUGACCACUGGUAGCGCUAUGGAUCUGGAUGAAGAUGAUAUGGUGACCGGCAAGAUCAUCCAGGGCCAGGGCGGUGCGGCCCGUAUGUCUGUCGCCUCUCAAGGUUCCAACAUGGAUAUUGACGACGAUAGUUCGCAUUCGGAUGAAGAUGAUCUGGUCGAUGACAACGACGCUGAUAAAACUGUCAAUUUGUCAACGAUGAUGUCACGCAUGAGCGAGCUUGAACAAACUCCAUCUCUUUCGCUUGAUCGUGAAGGGCGGCGUCCCUCGGCUGCCUCCCCGUAUUCUCCAGAGGGUGAGGAGGGCCCCAUUAUUACGAUCAUAUCGCCUACCAAGACCGCGAAGAUCUUACGGACAGAGACGAUAACCACUUCAAAGAGUCUCGUUUCCUCCAACCAUAUCGCCGUGGAGAAUAAGAAGCAGACUGUUGGCGACACGCCGACGAAAGCAACACUCCGUGCUAUUCCUUCUGGGUCGACGCGUGACACAGUUUUCCCUUCUCCUCUCCGUCAAUCGCCGGGCCGUAUUUUGCGUUUCACUCCAUCCAAGCUUGGUAGCCCUAGUCGAGUUCGGAUUGAGUCGCCGAUGCGGUCACCGGCACGUAGAUCUCCCGCAAGAAUCACGCUGCCUUCGUUGCGUGAAGAGCCUAGUUCCUCAGAGGAGCUUGGCAGCGAUGAUAAACCGAGAAGGCGGACGACCUUGACUAGCUUUUCUCCAGCUUCUGUGUCAGCAUCGCACAGUCAAUCAUUGCUCCAAGGACUCGAAGACAUCAGUGGGAUCAUUGAUGAGAAUGCGCUGCCGAAUAAUGAACUACCUGUUCGCCAGUUAUCGAUCAAUGAGUUUCUCGAAAUGACUGGCGUGACCUUCAUGGAUGGUCUAGCAGUCAAACGGCGAUCCACCGUGGGUCCAGGUAUUUUAGGGUCGGUGCGGGAUGAAGCACUCGAUAAUCGAGGUGCCAGCCGGGCGGUGGCAGAAUAUGUCUCAGCCGCCGCUGUUGGCAUCCCACAACUCGAAAUGUACAUCUGGGCUUGCCAAGAGCUGAAAAAGAACAUUGCAGCCAGUCAAGAAACGGUUCACAAUUUUGACGACCAGGUGGAGAAGAGCAACCCCCUACUAUUCCAAGAUUACAUGGCUGCCAACGAGGAAGAAAGGCCCCUGAUGGAAGGUCAGCUGAAGAUUAUGAAGGCUCACGCCCGACUAUGCGCGAAGGAGAAGUGGUAUCAAUGGCGUCAAGGCUUGGUACAGGACCUGCAGAAUACGGUGACGGAAAAUCUUACAAAACUCCAAGCCGACUACGAGUAUAUCCAACAAGUGCAGUCUGAGCUCAGCAUAUCGCUUCCGGAAUUACGCGCCCGUCAUGCUGCCCUGACCGAGCAACUGGGCAUGGAGCGACGCAACAUCCAGGAGGUAGAAGGUGACAAUGCAGAACAAGUCAAAGAAUUACGGGAGGGCAUUGCGGAACAAAACGCCCAAAUUAUGAGCUUCCGCAGUGAUCUCGCCGAAGUCGCAGUGAAAACCGAACGAUUGGAUGGAAAGCUCGCUGAUAUUGAGGAGCAACGCAGGCAGCAGUUAUCUGUGAUUACCAGAGCGGAGCAGCACUGUCAAAUGCUGCGAAGCUGCACGCGAUCCGAGGUGUUCCGGUUAAAAGAGGACUAUCACGCAUUGGAGCGGAUGCAUCUGUGGCAAGUCGUCAAAUUUAAGGCUGCGGAGAAAGUUUUCGUGUACGAUUCAAGGAUCCAAGUCACAUUAUCACCAGGAAAGCUAGUCGAUCCGGAUGGCCUGUGCCUCCUACCUGGGCCAGAAAGCGAAGACAAGUUGACACGCUGCGUCCUUGAAGGGCUUUUCAGCAUCAUUCAAGAUGGUAUACAGUCACUUCCUGCGUAUGACGCACAGCAAGUAAUACAGGUCAUUGGGUCGGCGUGGACCGCUGCAACACAUUUGCUACUCGAGAUCCACCUCGUCAACCAGAAGUAUCCAGUAUCAAUCGUUCCACUGAAGUCAUCGAUUGCCUCGGGCCUCGUCAUUUCUGCUCAAAUCAUGGUAGGGAUGUCGAAAGUAACCCUGAGUUUCAUGAUCACCGCCGAGACGCUUCUGGAUUGGCCGUCAACGUCAUCUGCAAUCCCAUGUGAUGCGAAACUUGUGUAUGGUGAUGUCGAGAUGGAUGCUUUUGUCGAGGCAGCUCGCAGACGUGUGCGGCAAGCAACACCGAGUCUCUUCUAUGGUUACCUGGUGGAUACCUGCAGGGAGGCAGUCGCAUCUCAGGCAUGA